CGCCCCGGCACCGCGGAGCCGCUGCGGGCGCGGCCGUCGCUCGUCGCGGCUGGCGCUGGUCGCGCUUGUCACCCGGGACCCGGCUGGGCUUUCGCAUCGUAUUUCAUGUCUGUCGUAUUGCCCGGGAAACUUCUCCAGCCCGAUACAACUUCGAGCAAAAAGAUGCAGUUUAUGUUGCUUUUUAGUCGCCAGGGGAAACUGAGACUCCAGAAGUGGUAUGUCCCAUUAUCUGACAAAGAAAAGAAGAAAAUCACAAGGGAACUUGUUCAAACAGUAUUAGCCCGCAAACCGAAAAUGUGCAGCUUCCUGGAGUGGAGAGACCUGAAGAUUGUCUACAAAAGAUAUGCAAGCCUCUAUUUCUGCUGUGCUAUUGAAGAUCAGGACAAUGAACUAAUAACUCUGGAAAUAAUUCAUCGCUAUGUAGAACUUCUUGACAAGUAUUUUGGCAGUGUCUGUGAACUUGAUAUCAUCUUCAAUUUUGAAAAAGCCUAUUUCAUUUUGGAUGAGUUCCUUUUAGGAGGGGAAGUUCAGGAGACAUCCAAGAAAAAUGUUCUUAAAGCCAUUGAACAAGCAGAUCUUCUACAGGAGAGCCAGAAUGAAGACUGGGGAGGUUUGUCUGAGGAUAUCUUAUGAUUAAGAGCAAUCUAAGGCAUUAGCCCUUUUGACCCCAUCUAAAUGAUUGGAAGCAGAGACCCCACGUAGUGUACUUGAAGAAAUUGGAUUGACAUAAAUCUUCUCUUCAGCUGAUGCCAUCUCAGUGUUUCAUACUGUAAAUGUUCACUGCCUUCAUUGUAAUGUUUAGCUAAUGGUGUAAGAUGCUGUUUGUCAGUAUUACUGUUUUGCUAAGCUGCUUCAUUCAGGCCUACAAGAAAAAUACAAAAAUACUUUUUUUUUUAAAAGGGAACAAGAGACCUAAGUUCAAAAUUUAUAAAUGAAAGGGAAUUAGAUUUAAAUUGACUCAGUGUUUCCCUUCACUGCAUUUAUAGGAAAAUUGCGUUUGACUUCAAUAAGUCUACUGUUUUUUAUAAGCAAACUUGACUUCAGGAAAUAAAUGUAUUAUUAUGACAUAAGCAUAGCCUACCUAAAUGAAAAGAAGCUACAUGGACAACUCCAAAUAUGAAAUAUUAUGGUGUAGAAAUUGUGUUUAUGCAACCAAAGAAUUUGUUCAUCUACAUUUUAGUCACCACUUGUGAUUAUUCUGCUUAUUUCAGUUGUUGCAUAAAGAUUGGAAAUGUCUGUUUACCACUGAAUUUGUCAUUAUACCAAAGAAUCCUGCCAGGAUCUGCAUAUCAAACUGGUAAAAAACUGUUAAGGUGAUAGCUGCUUUUUUAAGAAAACUGAUCAACUCACUAGACCUGAAAGUGUAUUUUAGUGUAGCUACCUUAAGCAAAACUGUGCAAGUUACUAUACUCAAAAGGGAAUGCAUGUAGGAGAGAAGAAAAACCAGCCCAGACUGAAUAAGGAGACUGUUUUUAGUUCUGAUAUUAGCUUGCUUUGACCAUGAGUACAAGAAAAUGUGCUCAGCUUUCUAACUGAAUAGAGAUGCAUAAUGAAAACAGAAUACUUUCAAAGAUUGGAAAGAAGAAGCUUUACAAAAGGGACCUUUUAUUAUUUUCUUUUGAAGUCUACCAAUUAAUUUGUAUUUUUUGGCGUUUUAUAGUUAUGCUUUAUUGGGUGUAUAGGUACCUUUAGGACACACUAAGUGUCAAAAUCAUUGAACUGCUUUUCUUGAUCACUUGAUCAACACAUUAGACAUGUGACACAUCCCUUACAAUACUCCUGCGUGACGUAGUUCAACCAACUAAUUUGCAGUGAGAGCUCUUAAACAUUAGAUUUGUAUAGUAUAUUCACUAUAAAUCAUGUAAACUGAUAUCCAGUAAUAUUUUGACACUUUGAGCAGACUCUCAGUAAUUACAGACCGAGCCUGUUUCACUAGCAGAAAUGUGAUCCAUGUGUGAUUUUGAGGGAGACAGUCGGAGUCUACACCUGGGAGUAGCCAAGUUCUGUUGCCUGUCCCCAUGGAGGGGGGCUUGUCUCCUCCCUCUCCACCCAGACACCUUCCCCUAGGAGUUUUGGCUUGUUCACCUGAGUGGUGCCAUGUUUUCACAAAGCUUAGCUUCAGCAGCAGCACUUGUGUGGCCAGCUGGAGAGUGGGUUCAGUAGUACCAGCCCAAGGAAAAGUGCAGCGGUGCCACUUCCAAGGCCCCUGAUCCAGACCAAUACUUGAUCAAUACUUGAGCCAGUAGAGCAGCCAGGCAGGCCCAGGCUGGGUGUGCCACUCCUGUGGCAGUACCAGCGUGCUGCUGUGAACUCAAGCCAUUAGAACUUGUCUACGGAUGCCCAUUCCAGGAUUUACACAGAUUCCAGAUGACCAGAGACUGUUCUUGUCCCGGGGCGUUUCCCCAGUGCACAGUGGGCAGGGGUAGAUGAGGGUAGAGGGGUAGCAAAAGGACCCUGUGUGUGAGAUUGUAGUGGUAAAAUGGAUUUAAGUCAAACCAGAAGCAAUUUUAUAUGUAUUAAACAUGUUUUUAAAGUUUACACUGUCAUUUGUAUGUGCUUGGCUGGAUUAAGCUUCGUUGUGAUUGUGACAAACUGUUUGACCUCUGUCUGUCACAUUGGUUUAGUUGUAAUAAAUGUCCAUUUUUACACCAUUGCUGUGUUUAUAUGUAAUUAGUGCCUGUAUUUACAGAGGAAAGAAGAGGCCACUCAGUGCUGGCUUAAAAAAAAGGGAAAUUUUAUUACAGUGCUUAACCUGUUCUUGAGCACUUCAUUAAAAAAAUGUUGAGGA